UGGGUACAUUCUGGGUUGGUCAUACCAGCUCCUUGAGAAGAAUUUGGAACUUGUCACUUGAUUGCGGACCUUCAUGUCAGUUGCAUCCUCCAUGUGCAUCUGCGUGCUGAGCACUGACUUUUUCCUAGCUGAGCAGUGUGAGGUUCAGAGGGACCAUGUGAGACCCCCAUGUGCUGGGACCCCUGCCUCUGCACCAGCCCCCGGAGGCCUCCAGCUUGGUGAGGACUCCUGAGUGAGCUCCACACGCUGUCACCGAGCCCUCUGCCCCUGGGGGCACCUUUGAGCAAUUUAGGGAGAAAGGGCCUCGUGCUGGAAGAUGUGGCCUGCCUGGUGGGAGAGCCCCUGCCCUGGGGCGGUCUGCCCUGCUGGCUCUUUCUGGGCUCAGUAUCCAAGAGGAGUGCCUGUUCAGGCAUGGUCUGCUGUGUGGACACAGGUGCUGGGGUGGCAGAGGAACCACAGCGGCCCUGUGGUCCUGGUGAGCUUCAGAGCAGGUGACCUGGGCCCCACCUGGGCUGGUUGCUCUGUGCCCCGGCUUUGAUUGCAGCUGCUUCUCUGCUCCUGUGGCCUUGCCACGUGCCUCGCAUCAGAGCCCUGAGCAGGCCAGCAGCUCUGCCACCUGUGCCCCCAGAGCCCUGCCUGUUUUGUAUGGACGGGCUGCACCCCAUGUCCACCCCGAGGAUGCCACCCUGAGGACAGUGAGUGGCAGCUGCUUGGGAGCUGAAGUCCUGACUCCCCCUGAGGAGGGCCCUUCCAUGGCGUCCGUGGACUAAGGGUGGUGCCGUGGGGCACUGGGGCUGUGUUCUCACCUGGAGGCUGGUGGAGGGGCCCUCCUCUGGUGUGGCCCAGUCUUGCAGCAUGGUGGUCCUGACGUGGACUCAGCCCAGUGCCCCGUGCAGCCUCAGAGGAGGCCUGGCCCAGUCCUGCUGCUGUUUCCACAGCAUCCAAGUGGCUCUGGUGGUGUGGACAGCCCGAGGCAGUGUGGCACCACACAGGGGAGUCACCACCCCAGGGAGAUCCCCAGAUGCUCAGUGGGUUAUAAACCUGAAACUGGGUCUGAGCGGCCUACUCGGGCGGCCACUGGCAUCUGAGUGAGUGCUGGUGGGCCACUGGGAGUGUGUCCCUGCCCUGCUGAUGGGAAGUUCUUUGUCUUGCAUCACCUAGGGCUCUAGACCUGCGUCCCGAGGGUGAGAGGGCUGGGGUGCCAGCGGCGCAGAAGGGUGAAGCAGAGUCAGGGUUCCAUGGGCGGGGCUUGGCAGGUUGAACAGUGUCUGGAUGUCCCCCAGGGCCUAGGGCUGGCUCUGGCUUGUCUGGUUCUGUUUGCGGGGUGGGGCUCUGGGCAGACGUGGUGAGCCCGUGUGGUCACAUCCUGGGAGCGUCUGUCCCACAGAGAACCUCCUCCAGGAGGCACACGGCAGUGGCUCUCCCUCCAGGCGGGUGCACCCCUCAGGCCCAGGCAGGGCCGAUGGGUGGGAGCAGCACCUCUCUGGCCACACGAGACCACGUCCAGGAGGUUGUUCAGCUGCCUUUAGAUUUUGUGAAACAACUUUGUUUAAAGAUACAGUCUGAGAGACCAGAAUCUCGCUGUGAUAAGGACCUGGACACUCUCAGUGGUUAUGCUCUGUGCCUUCCUAACUUAGCCAGACUUCAGACCUACCGUUUUGCAGAGCACCGACCGAUUCUGUGUGUAGAGAUCAAGCCAAAAUGUGGGUUUAUUCCUUUCUCCAGUGACGUCACGCAGGAGACUAAGCGUCGGGUGUGUCGGUACUGCAUGCACCAGCACCUCAAGGUGGCGACUGGGAAGUGGCAGCAGAUAAGUAAAUACUGUCCCCUCGAUCUCUACUCAGGAAACAAACAGAGAAUGCACUUUGCCCUGAAAAGCUUGUUGCAGGAGGCACAGAACAACUUGAAGAUAUUUAAGAAUGGUGAGCUGAUUUAUGGCUGCAGAGACGUGUGCAGCCCUGUGGCUGAUUGGAGCGAGCUGGCCCACCAUCUGAAGCCGUUCUUCUUCCCAUCCAAUGGCCUGGCCAGCGGGCCCCACUGUACACGGGCUGUGAUCCGGGAGCUGGUGCGCGUCAUCACGCGGGUGCUGCUGAGUGGCUCGGACAGGGGCAGGGCAGGUGUGCUGCGGCGGGGGCCGAGCCCCCGGGGCCCACACGUCUGUGAGGCCAGCCCUUUCAGCAGAAGCCUGCAGUGCCAAGGAAAAAACCCCCCGGAGCACUCGGGGUUACCGAAGGACUGUCUUCUGUACAAAACCCUCCAGGUGCAGAUGUUGGACAUGCUGGACAUCGAGGGCCUCUACCCUCUGUACCGGCGGGUGGAGCAGUACCUGGAGGAAUUUCCGGAGGAGAGAAAAGCGCUGCAAAUAGACGGGCCGUAUGAUGGAGCAUUCUACCAGAAGCUACUUGACCUUUCCACCGAGGAUGAUGGGACCCUGGCCUUUGCGCUGACGAAGGUGCAGCAGUACCGGGUGUCCAUGACUGCCAAGGACUGCUCCAUCAUGAUUGCGCUGUCACCGUGUCUGCAGGACGCAAGCCGUGAGCCAAGGCCGGUUGUGCCAUCAUCUGGGUCCCGGCUCGCCUUCUCUGUGUCAGUGCUUGACCUCGACCUUAAGCCUUACGACAGCAUCCCUCACCAGUACAAAUUGGAUGGCAAGAUUACCAGCCACUACUCCAAGGCCAUGCGUGCUGAGGGCACCGUGCUGUCGGCACGGUUCCAGGAAGGCGAGGAUUGCACAUUGGUUCUCCACAAGGUCUAGCUCCUCCCAUGGUGUCCUGUGAGUUCACUGGUGGCCUGUUUUGGCUGCAGGCUGUGUGUUUCUACUUCAGCCCUGUUCAGUGGCCACCUCGGGUGCAGUUGGAGCCAUGGGGAUGCCUUCUGGCCGUGUGAUCCUGCUGCCUCCCUCCCCAGCUCUCAGCCAGUCUCUGAUGCAGAAAGCUUCAUUAGGAGACCAAGGUCUGGGCCUCUGCCACCAGAUGCUAACAUAGGACACAUGAAUUGUUGCAUUUGGACAGUUAAGAAAAUGCGGAGCCCCCAUGAGGUGCCUGGCUGCCCUCAGCCAUCAGCACUUGCCGGCACGGGGUGGCUCAGGGCGGCAGUGCUGGGUCCCUGCUUAGUGCCAUCUGCCCACUCCCUCAGGUGUGCCAGGAGUGCAGGAGCUGGUUGGGUGGACACCACUCAUGCAAGCACUGUUUUUUUCUCUUCUUGCUGAAUGCUUUUCUCUCUGACUCAACAGAAGAUUGGGAGUUCUUUCCAGCCAGGAACUGCUGCUCUGGAGGCCGGAGGCAGGGCCACUCCUCUGGGCUGCUGGCCCGGGGUGCCACAUCCUACUCUGUGGAGCUGGCACCCACUCUCCCUGCCUCACAACCCUGUCCCCCUUUGAGCUGAGUGUUGUCCACGGCUUCAAGUGGUGCUGGGUGCCUCCCAUGGCUGUCUGAGGCCCUGCUCCAGCAGGUGGGCGGCUCUUGGCUGGCACCAAGAGGGUGCUUGGGGGACCACCAUGUAUCCAGGCUGCUAUGGAAAUUGUUGGGAAUUUUGGUUUCAGUUUUUUAUUCUAUGGUGGAUUGUACAGAUUAUUUAUAUCAUCAUUUUGAGGGACUGAUGAAGGCUUAUUGUAAUAUAAUAUUAGUGAAACAAAACUGUAUGAAAAUGCUAUGUGAAAAAUAAUAUUUUGCUGAUUGUAAAUUUUUGUGGGGAAUUUUGUGAUAACUUGAGAAUUACACUUCUUUGAAUCAAACCAGCUCUUGAAUUUAUCGUCCAUCCUGUCCUGGCCCUUAAUUCUUACUUCUAU